ACGCGUACUUGACUCACGAGUGUAAUACGCACAGACCACUUUAUCAUAUCAUGUUGGUCCCUCUGAAUCUGUAUUAAAUUCUAAGCAGCCGUCAACGUUAACUUCGCACUAUCGUAAAGACCGCGUUGGACACAGUGUGUAAUAGAUUCAUAGGUUCCAGAGCGCCACGACCACUAGCCUCAAGUUGGCAACUUGGAUCCAAUCAUCGUGAUGGCGGAUGACCAGCACCCAUCUUCGAAAGCGUCCACCCCAUCUGAGUCCGCCGAUGAACAAGAAAUCAAGAAGUGCAUCACUGAGGCAGAUGAAUUAAAGCAGGAGGGCAAUGAGUCGUUUCGAGCUAGUGCAUGGAGUGAAGCUCUCGUGUCAUACAGAACAGCUCUGAGUCGACUACCCACACGAAAGAAGCAGCCUCCUUCACCGGACAGCUUACAGGACGAUGCGUCAAAUGGUGGUGCCCAAUCGAGUUCAAGCAAGGUGCCAACACGAGAGGAGGGCCCAGAGCCUGCCAACACGCCUUCUGAGCUCGAGGCAGAAUGUGCCAAGGCUCGAGCGGUGUUGAACGCCAACAUCGGUGCAUGUCUUGUAAAACUUGGCGAUUACAGUGGUGCAGUCGAAUCAUGUACCCAGUCAUUACUCAACGAUCCUCACUAUGUCAAGGCCCUGCAGCGGCGAGCGGCUUCUAACGAACAACUCGAUACAUGGUCGUCUUUGACACAGGCACAAGAAGACUACAAGUCACUUCUGGAAUUGCUACCCCCUACGUCUCCUCAGGUGGCACAGACCAAACGAAGCCUGCAGCUUCUUGAACCUCGACAACAAGCGGCCCAGAAGAAAGAAAUGGCAGAAAUGGCGGGCAAGCUGAAGAACCUCGGUAAUACCAUACUAGGCAACUUUGGAUUGUCUACUGACAACUUUAAGUUUGAACCAAAUGGGCAAGGUGGUUACUCUAUGAACUUUGUUCGAUAGUAUUGAUCCUGAAUUCUUCGAUCUGCUGUUGCAUCAUACCGCACUGUAUUAGAAAGCACAUUAUCAAUGUAUCAUGCC